CGAGUUUGGUGCCAACUUAGAUUGAAGACCCUCAUGAAAGACAGGAAGUAGUAAAGAAUCUUCAAAGAUAGAGAUUAGAACGAUAUAUUCAGUGGUUGAAUAUGGCCGAGAUGGAGAAAGGUCAAAGUGACACAGAUAGUGAAGAAUGUACACCAGCAAAUUGCAGGAGGAAAAGCAAUGAUGAGGACAACCCGCCUGGAACCACUGAUGGAUCAGGCAGUACUUCGGAGGAUGCAGGAAAUAAAGAUGUUGAUGAAGAGAGUGCUGACGAAUGUUUGUUUCGUGACUUGACAGAUGAAGAAGAGGGAGAUAAAAUCGAAGAUAUGUAUCAACUUGGAGCAUGUGCUACAAAGGUCAAAUUCCAGACUGUUCAACAACAGUCGUACCAACUUGUAGGUAAAGACACCACGGCAGUAGCACAACACAUUGUGGGAUGUUGUCAGCAACCACAGGGAGAAAUAGCGUCAACAUCACAGCAGGGGAUACAACUCCAGCAAGCUUCAGCUGCUGGUGUUGAUCAGACAACAAGUCAGGCACAGUUGUCAACAACUACGUCUUGUGUAGUCCCCGAAACAACUGUUGUACAAGUCCCGGGAACAGCAGCACUGACACCAGCGUCCACAUCCUCUCUUCUACCCAGAAUACCAGGAUCUGUUGUAUCAGAGAUACAGUCAUCAGGGCUACCUGGGGUACCAGUGCCUGUGGAUUCUCCCGCAGUUGUCCAGUACAACAAUUUCUACGUACGGCAGAAUUUUGAGGAUGUGACAGUCAGGGGCGCCAGGAAUCUGAACUUUGGCGGAACCCAGAACAUUAGAGGAACACAGAACGAUGGUGCACCUCGGACCAACCAGGAAGAGGAGAAACAACUGACUGCAGCACAGAAGAUCAGGAAAAGAACGGAAUCCAGGAUACAGUCGUGGACUAAAGACAUGGUGGAGACAGAAGGCCUGCAGAAGGUGACAGACAAGCUAGACAGAGGAGCAACAUGGGUGACACUUAAAGGAAGGCCAGGAGAGGGGAAGUCUACAAUAGCCUACAUGGCUCUCAAAGAUCAGCACACUCAGGGGAGACAAGUGUAUCAGGUGGUGUCACCGGAGGAGUUCAAUGAGGUCAUAUCGGCCAGCACUAACCCUGUCAUUAUGUUAGAUGACAUAUUUGGUGAUCUGGAAUUUGAUGUAGCAGAAUGGGCCAAGUGGAGACCAAGUCUACUACCUGUUGUGGAUGUGAAAGAUCCUGAUAAAUAUACAGAAAAAGAUUCCAUAGACAAGUCCACUAAUAUAAAAAAUGGUUUAAAGAGAACAAAAGAUGAGCAAACAGAGCUGAAAAGAACAGCGCCUAACAAAGACCAAACUAUCAUUAUCUUCGUAGGCCGUGACUAUCUGCUGAAAUCCUCAUUGGCAGAUUUGGGAAAGAUGGCAGAUUACAUAUCUAGUCCCCUGUAUGUGGUGGAAGUUUCUUCUCAGAGAGACUCUAAUGAACGAAGGAAGAUUUGGCAUGUUCAUGUCAAAACAAAGACAAAGAUGGACUUUGAUGAGUCAACUGUGUCUCAGAUAUGUCAGGCUGACUGUCCACACGGCUUUCCCCAUGUAUGUAAAAUGUUUGUCGCGACAUAUGGAAAGGAUCAGCCGCAACCUUCAGCAGAGACUGUUUUAGAUUUUUUUAAAAUGCCUCUUGUGUUCCUCAAAAAGACUUUGGAUAAAUUUCUUAAGGAUAAGAUAAAGCGUUCACUGUUCAUGGCUAUGAUUAAAAGAGAUGGGAAGGUUAGUGGACAGGAGUUGGAGGAGGAUGAUAAUCUUGCGUAUGAAAGCAUCACAGCUGCUGAUGAUUUGGUUGGAUCCUACCUCAUGAAGGAAGAUGACACAUACAUGUUUGACCAUCCCUCUAUAUAUGACAGUGUUGCUUUAUUACUCAGUACAAAACAAUCAAAGUUUGUCAUCGAAAAUUGUAGUUUGUCAUUCAUCCAUCAGCGACUUCGUCUUAAACCAUCCACAAGACAAAGGGAAAGUGUUCCUAGUGAGACCGGUCUUGUUGCAAACAUCUCAUGGACCUUUGCUGGACAUUUAGCCAGAAGAUUUGCAACUGAAACUGAGAGGCAAUUUGUUGCAUGUCUUAUCGCACCAGGCAUGUUGUAAUUCAAAGUUUAU